CGGGGAGCUGACAGGCACCUUCGAUUUGUUGACAACAUAAUAAUAACAGCACUGCCACCACCCGCUUGACGCUAGAAGCUUUGGAAGCUUGGCUGCAAUUCCAUGGCACAGCGGUGACUAGACGCUACAUGUUCCAAGGAUCAGAAGUCUCUAUCGAUUGGCGUCAUCAAAGCAUUGACUUCAAACCAAGCGGUAGCCCCAAUUGUAGCAGCCAACUCUAUACCCGCGUACAGCAUUGAAGCAUCAUCCCAUGUUCAUAUGAGAUCUCUGGCACCAUCGCAUGUCAUUCGGAUGGUAUCCUCUUAACACUGCAGUCCCAAGCACAGGUCCGUACCAGUAGUGCAAACCGCUGGCGACAUGACCUCCGACUCCACUCUAACAGCCGUAUCACCGUCCUAAGGCCUUGAUUCCCCUCGUCAUGGCGGAAAGCAACAGCGCUGAUAUAAUCGAUCUGAAUACCGACAAGAUCAGAGAGUGGCGGUCAAUCGUCAUUCUCAUCGUAUUUGUCCUGACCAAUAUUAAUGUGUUAUUUCCCUAUCACAUUCCUAUAUACGUUCCACGCGUGCUGGUCAAUGCUGGCCUAGAUACACUCGCUGCGCUGAGACUUAUCGCCAAGACAAAUCAUGGCUGUCGAGAUGGCCCUGCAAUCGGCCACUCCGCUGUCAAAGGUGCAACAUUUGUUCUCUUCAGAUUUCCCAUGAACUUCUUAACAGCUCCCUUGGUUGCUGAUCUCUUCCUGCUGGCUAUCUCGGCCAUUGGUGGAGAUGAGGUCUACCAGGGCGUUGUCGAGGCUAACAAUAUCAAGCCGUAUGAUAUUAUGAUAUUCUUCAUCUCGUUAGCAUAUAUCGCCAUCUCCAUUGAUGCUUCUGGACUCAUCAGAUGGUUAGCAUUCAAGGUUCUACAGAGAGGAGGCAGUGCUGGUCACAAACUGUUCUUCUAUCUGUAUUCCUUCUUCUUCGUGCUGGGCAGCUUCAUUGGCAACGACCCAAUCAUUCUAUCCGGCACCGCGUUCCUGGCAUACAUGACUCGUGUAUCGAGCAAUAUCGUUCAUCCCAGGGCAUGGAUUCAUUCUCAGUUUGCCAUUGCCAACAUCGCCUCCGCCAUCCUUGUCUCGUCUAACCCUACCAACCUGGUACUGGCAGGCGCAUUCGGGAUUCGGUUUCUGGACUACACGGCGAAUAUGAUCGUCCCGGUCGUCAUUACUGCAAUAUUCCUUUUCCCAUUACUUCUCUAUCUAAUAUUUAACGAUGAGAAAUUCGUCCCUUCCAAGAUCGAUAUGCAUGAGCUACCUCAGGAAAUCAAGGACAAGAAACCGGUCAACCCAAACAUUCCGCACGCCAGAGGCAAGGCCGAAGAGGAGGAGAACCAGCACAUCAAUGAUGAGCAAGGCAAGGUACUAUCACUGGAAGAGAUCAUGAAUCCUUUUCUGGACAAGGGUGGUGCUAGUUUCGGAGCUUUCAUCAUGGCAGCAACCCUCAUCACUUUGAUCGCGCUGAACGCGUCCGGUCACGAAUGGCCAGUCUUUUACGUCACGUUGCCCGCUGCAGUGGUCAUGCUCAUCUGGGACAUUGCCUACGGUUGGAUACACCGUCAUGAAACUCGAAAGAUUGCUCAAGCUGGCCGACUGGAGGUAGAAGAAGCUCGUGCAAAGCGUGCAAAGGAGGAGGAAGAGUCGAAACAGCGAGACCUGGCUCAGCAGCGCGAUCAUGGAUCUCAAAGCAGGAUGCCUCUAACAGAAACCAAUCCAUCUGGAGAUCACAGCAAUGGUGAUAAUCGUUUUCCCGAGCUCUCGGUUUCUAAUACGGAGAACGAAUAUAGCGAAAAAGGCUCGGAAUCAAGACCGUCGAAAGGGCUGUUCAGGGAUGAGACACCAAACCAAGAACACACCAAAGGCACUUCUAAAUCAAUUGAAGAAGAAAUAGAGAAAGAGGAGAAAGCGGCCGAUGCCCAGACCCGCCCUACACACGACUCCCACACGCUCAGCUCAUAUCUGGCCGACAGAUACAGAUGGUCUCAGGAAACGUUCCCGACGGUCACAGCCGUAAUUUCUCAUUUACCAUUUGCGCUCAUACCUUUCGCGUUCUGCAUGUUUACUCUGGUGCAAGCACUAGUCACAAAAGGUUGGAUCGCGGUGUUCGCAUAUGGCUGGGACCACUGGGUAGGCAAGACAGGAACCGUCGGUGCCAUUGGUGGCAUGGGCUUUCUGUCAGUCAUCUUGUGCAACUUCGCAGGAACGAACAUUGGCACCACCAUUCUUCUCUCACGUGUCAUUCAAUCCUGGGCCAAGAUCCACCAACUGAGCGGACAGCCCAUCACGGAGCGUACAUUCUGGGCUACUGUAUAUGCCAUGGCACUUGGCGUCAAUUACGGGGCCUUCAGCACGGCUUUCAGUGCGUCGCUGGCCGGUCUGUUAUGGCGAGAUAUACUUGCCAGGAAACACAUCCGCGUCAAAAGCCUUGACUUUGCGCGUGUAAACCUACCAAUUAUCGCCAUUUCAAUGACUGUGGGGUGUGCCGUGCUCAUCGGCGAGGUGUAUAUAAUGAGACACGAUGUCGAUUACAACCCAGAGUGGCUCCAUUGAUGAGUCCUGGAAAAUAGACACUUACAUAUAUAGAUGAUUUUCCAUACUUUUAUUAACAGACGCGUUACGUAUGGUGAUCAGCAGUAAGUAUUUCGAUGAUGUGUGAUUUAACGACAAGGAACAGAGCUAACCUCCGUUCCACUGAAAGGUACCUAGUGUGCCCCAGGUGAAUAAAUGAGGCACCGAUUAUUUAUUGCUACGGUACAGCAGAGACCAAAUCUCCUGUCUGUGUUGGGCAGCGAGACGAAACGACGGACAUUUGGUCACGCCCGACUCUGGCUGCUGCGAUAUAGAAAUUUGGAGCUACGCUCAGGAAUCUCGGUUUUAGCGUAGAUAUGCUGCUAGAUCAGGAUAGUCCUCUUCAAUAUUCAUGCG